AUGAGACCGUUGACUGAAGAAGAAACCAAGGUAGUAUUCGAGAAGUUGGCGAACUACAUUGGGCGGAAUAUUACCUUCCUCAUUGACAACCCGGUGCCCCACGUUUUCCGGUUGCAAAAAGAUCGGGUUUACUAUGUUAGUGAAGAAGUAGCUCGAUUCGCUACCUCGGUCGCUCGUCAAAACUUGAUGCUGUUGGGGACUUGCUUUGGUAAGUUCACCAAGACGGGGAAGUUCAGAUUGCACAUCACAGCAUUGCCAUACUUGGCUCAAUACGCCAAGUUUAAAAUGUGGAUCAAGCAAAAUGGUGAGAUGCCCUUCCUUUACGGCAACCACGUUCUCAAGGCUCACAUCGGGAAGAUGAGUGAAGAUAUCCCCGAACACGCUGGGGUCAUCGUUUACUCGAUGAAUGAUAUCCCUCUUGGGUUUGGCGUCAGUGCUAAACUGACAACUGAGGCUCGCAAUUUGCAACCCAACGCGAUCGUUGCGUUCCGACAGGGCGAUAUUGGGGAGUACUUGAGAGAGGAAGACACUUUAUUCACUUAA